UCUCAAGCGAAGCCCAGGAAAAAAUUCAUUAGGGCUCACUUAUCGCGCCCACCGCCAGAAUUUCUGCCUCUGUAGAUACGCUGACCGCCUGCCGGCUUAAGAUACUGCCCCACCAAACAUCACCACACAUCUUCAAUUGCAUCCCGUGAACUUCGUCGUCUCUCCUCCUCGCAGCACUAACAACAGACCACCCAGAGAAGCCGCCAUCAUGCCUCCCAAGAAGCCUGCUGCCCCCAAGGAGAACAUCUCCAUCGGCCCUAAUGCCAGAGAAGGCGAGCUUGUCUUCGGCUGCUGCCGCAUCUUCGCCAGUUUCAACGAUACCUUCAUUCACGUAACCGAUCUAUCAGGUCGCGAAACCAUUACCCGUGUGACUGGUGGAAUGAAGGUCAAGGCUGACCGCGACGAGUCUUCCCCUUACGCUGCCAUGCUUGCAGCCCAAGAUGUUGCUCAACGCUGCAAGGACCUGGGCAUCAACGCUCUCCACGUCAAGAUUCGUGCCACUGGUGGUAACGGAACCAAGACCCCCGGCCCUGGUGCUCAGUCUGCUCUCCGUGCCUUGGCUCGUAGCGGUAUGAGAAUUGGUCGUAUUGAGGAUGUCACUCCUACUCCCUCCGACAGCACCCGCAGAAAGGGUGGUCGCCGUGGUCGUCGUCUGUGAUCUCGCCAUAUCCAGCAGUUUCUCGCCACCUAUCGACUCACCAUUCAUAUGGGCUCGGCUGUGGCUUGGGCAGUUCUUCAGGCGUUCUCGAGAGGAUCACGCGGUUUCUGGCACAUUUGGGCUUGAAAAGUCCUCGUCUCUGUGGCGUUGACACUUACGAGGAGAACGGCGUGCGUCUCUAUGAAGAGAAAGUAUGCCUGGUCUCUAUUGCCCUUUAGGGUAUGGCUUUGCUAAAAUGUCACAUGAUGCUUCUGGCACGGCCGCAGUAGAUAGACACGAAAAGAAACGUUGAUUCACGACGAACAUGGAAAACUAAUGUCUGCCACAAUGCUGUGUGAUGAAUCUGCGGUUUCUCGGAAUUCUUUGAUUACCCUCAGUGCCUGACUUCCAAAAUGCACACGAGGGUCGUAGACAGGCAAUCUAUUGCUGACUAGAGCUGAAUUGUGUACGUCGAACAAAACAAUGAAUCAGACG